ACAUGACAUGCAAUCAUUUUUCUAUGUAAAUUUUAAGUAAAAAAUAUUUUUUAUAUAAAUUUAUAAAAAAACCAAAAAUGAGUGCACCGUUUUAUAGUUACGACCCUUGCGUUUGUACUGGGAUGCCUUGCGGGGCCUGCUACCCGUAUUCAACGAAGCCUUGCGCAGCAUCAUGUAACGACCUGGGAAAGUGCUCCGUGUGUCCCGGUGGUGGAUGUUCCCCGUGCCCUGCGCCAGUGCGACCAUGUCCAGCUCCAUGCCCGGCUCUUCCAAUUUUACCCUGUUUGCCCCCAUGUCCACCGUGUGAUAAGCCAGCGACUCCAAUUCCACCGCCAGCGCCAUCUUGCGACAGCGUGGCGAUACCGUGCUGCAGGCCGAACCGCUGCAGGCCGUGUCCAUGCUACUGCUGCACUGAGCCCGCCUUGUGCUCUGUGAAGCGCUGCAGCCACCCCGGUGUACCUGUCUGUUGUGGUCGUUGUGGACCUUGUAUGCCCAUUUGGUGACGUAAUAAAUGAUGGAAAAAUAAA